AUGAUCGAUUUUGCUGAAAUGGUCGAAGAUUGUAGACUCAUUGAUCCAGGCUUUGAUGGCUCUAACUUCACUUGGGCCAAAAAUGAACUUCAAGAAAGACUGGAUAGAUACUUUGUGAGCGAACACUGGUCGGCACUUUUUGAAAGCACAAGGGUCACGAACCUACCCCGAAUAGCCUCGGACUACGGCCCUAUUCUCAUGAGAUGGAAGAUGACGACAAGUAGCACAAGGAUUAGAGCUUUUCGCUUUCAAAACAUGUGGGUCCGGCACCCAAACUUCAUGGAAACGGUCCGGGCAGCCUGGGAGCAACCAACAGACUCGGUGGGACUCCUUAACCUGCAGAUCAAAAUGAACAGAACCAAGCAGGCCCUCAAACAGUGGAACAAAGAGGUGUUUGGCAAUAUCCAUGCAAACCUCAGAGAUGCGGAGGAAAAGAUCGCAGAGGCUCAAUGCAACUUUGAAACAAACCCCUCGGCCUCUAACAGAGCUUGUGUAAACCAAUAUGUGGAAAGCUACAUCCUCCUCUUGAAAAUGGAAGAGGACUUCUGGCGGCAAAAGGCGUCCCUUAAAUGGAUGUCUGACGGAGAUAGAAACACUAAGUUCUACCACAGCUGGGUGAAGCAAAAGCGAGUCAGAUUGCGCAUUCACUCUAUCCAGCAUAAUGGCAGGGAAAUUGUCGAGGAAGAUGAAAUCAAGGAGUCAGCCGUCGUCUUCUUUAGGGAGCUGCUUGCGCCGACAGUCCAGCCUUCUACCGAACCCGACCUGGAUAUCAUUCAACCCCUCCCCCCAUCAGCCAACAUCGACGAGCUGAUCGUCCCUCCUAGCCUUGAGGAAGUUAAGAAAACGGUUAUUAAUAUCUCAGGCCAGAGCAUUCCAGGCCCGGAUGGUUUCACGGCCACUUUCUUUCAUUGUUGCUGGCAGAUUGUGGGAGAGGAUCUUCACUCCGCUAUCCUUCAGUUCUUUCAGGGUGCUUACCUUCGACGAAGAAGCUCACCGGCCCCGAACGUGGCCCUCAAGAUUGACAUGGCGAAAGCUUAUGACAGAGUUCAAUGCCCGUUCCUCCUCAAAAUCAUGAAGCAAAUGGGGUUCCCUAACUCAUGGCUCAGCUUGAUCGAGAGAUGCAUCGGCACUUGCUGGUUCUCCAUCCUUAUUAAUGGAGCCCCCGCGGGCUUCUUCCAAUCAACUAGAGGGCUCAGACAAGGAGACCCAAUCUCUCCGGCGCUCUUUGUCAUUGCAGCUGAAUACCUCUCGAAACUGCUGGACAGACUCAUCCUUGAAAUUAGCCAUCUUGCCUACGCAGACGACAUCCUUAUCUUCACUCAAGCGGAUGUGAGACCUAUCCGAGAAUUAAAGAGAUGCCUUGCAGAUUAUGAAGCGGUCUCUGGACAACAGAUCAAUAUCGCCAAGAGCAAUUUCUACAUCGCCGAUAAUCACGAGGGUUGGGCUGACACCAUCCAAAGGGAAGGGGGAUUUUCUAGAGGUACAUUCCCCUUUCUUUAUCUUGGUGUCCCUAUCUAUCGGGGUGUAAAACGGACUGAUAUGUUCCUCUUUCGUCAGAAAAUUGCUAAGAGGAUUAAUGGCUGGGCUCAUCGUCACCUCUCCUUCGGAUGUCGCCUUACCCUCAUUAAAAGCACCCUCGAAGCAAUCCCAAUCCACUUGUUUCAGGCCAUUGAGCCAACUAAGGAAGCCCUUAAACAACUUGACCAGAUGCUUGCUCGCUUCUUCUGGGGAUCAACCAACGAAACAAGAAGAACACAUUGGAUAAGUUGGGAACAAAUUUGUCUCCCCACAGCAGAAGGGGGUCUCGGUAUCAGGAAGUUCAGAGAGGUUUUACGGGCCUUCAGUAUCAAACUAUGGUGGAGAUAUAGAGAAAACAACUCUCUCUGGGCCACGUACCUGAACAGCAAAUAUUGUAGAAGAACCUCUCCUCUGACCAGCUCGGUGUCGGGUCGAUGCAGCGCCAUCUGGAGAAGACUUUCCAGAAGCUGGAGCCACGCUCACCCUCACAUCCAAUGGAUCAUUGGAGAGGGAAAAGUUCUUUUUUGGGACGACAUAUGGCUUGGGGAUACGCCGGUGAGAGAGCUCAGCCUUGAUGAGAGGGGCGACCCCUCGACUCGUGUCGCGGACCUCUGGACCGACGGCCACUGGGACCCAGCCAAGUUGUUAUUGUUACAUCAUCAGGCAGGCCUACCGAUGCAAGCGAUCGAAGACAUCAUCAGCACCCCCAUCUUAGAUGGCGAGCAAGAUAUUCCCCGUUGGACCCUAUCGAAACAGGGGAAUUUCAGCCUUGCCUCGACAUGGGCAACUACUCGCUCCCAACGACCAACCAUACCUGGUUUGGAGGAUCUUUGGAACGUUGGCCUCACCCUCUCAAUUUCUAUCUUCAUCUGGAGACUCCUCUCAAACCGAAUACCAGUCGAUACAAAACUCCAAUGGAGGAAGAUUGAGCUUGCAUCUAGGUGUCUAUGCUGCCCGGACGAACCGAGGAUCGAGUCCCUACAACACCUCUUUGUUCAAGGGUCAGGUGCUGCUAAAGGUUGGAGAGAAUUUGACAAAUGGUUUGAGGGAGAUCUGGAACCGAUCAGCCUCAAUGAUACUAUCCCGGAGAGACUUGAAAUCUGGGCCAAAAGAUAUGGCAGACCGUCCAACUUGCACCUGAGUCGUUGA